AAAAUCCAGGACGAUCUGGAAGCCCUUGGCCGCGUUUUCUAUUCCAUGGCCGCCAACGACGUCAAUCCGCCCAAGGAACUUUUCGUGUCGCCCAAGCAACUGACACUCAUCGCUCUCAACCAACGAACGUCGGCCUCUGAAAUGAUUAACUUGCUCCUGAUGGAUUCCAGCAGUGAGUUGAAACCAAUUUCAGUCAACGACUUAUUGCUCCUCGGCCAAUCCUUUUUCCAGACUGGCUCAAUUCAGGAUCGUUUGAGGGACGUCAAGGAACUCGACGAUUUUCAAAAAUUAGUUGAAGGCGAUUUCAAUGUUGAAGGAUUGAAAGAAUUAAUUGUCGAAUCGCUGGAUGCUAUCCAACACAUUGAGGAAUUUGUGACAGAAGCCUUUGAGAAAUAUCCUGAAUUAUUUGCGGAAUUUAUUUGGGAUUUAUCAUCAUACCCGCCACUUGAAACAUUCAACAACAACAUACAACAACAUUCAACAACAUUCUACAACAUUCAACAAAUAGUUAACAGAGUUUGAUAUCACCACAUUAAUUCAUUCCCCGACAGUAAGACCAACUGUGACAUUUGUAGUGCGAAAUGUCUAUAGGCUCACAAGCGAUUCGACCACAACUACAACUGAUAUUUACUUUAGACCAGCACCUCAUUCAGUUAAAACGUUUUGAUAGAGGUGUGGCCUCCGUCUCUGUCAACAUCAUCAAUCAAAUGCGUCCAUGUCUAGCUGUUACUUUCUUAAUUGUCUUUUCAUCCGCAUGUGAGCUGCGAGCCGCAUUUCUUCCGUUUCACUCAGUCUGAUGAUGUCGAGUGGAACAGCAGCGACAUGAGUUUCCAGCAGAGUCUCCAGCCCAUGUUGGUCUGGAUGCGUUUCAUCGGAAUUUUCUUAGAGUCACCCGGAACAAUUCCAGCGGAAGCAGCGUCUCCCUGGAUUCGCAUUGGAAUUACCUGCUACGGUUUUCUAUUCUUUUUCGGCAACAUCUUUUUCAACGGAUUGCACAUCACCGAGUUCUUUGCUCUCAUCGAAAUCACCUCAUCUUACAGCUCGACCGCUUCGCUCUGGACGGUGGCCAUCAGCACACUCAACUUGGCCGCAAUGACCAUCUGUUCCCAAACGAGUUUAAUGUCCAGCGCUGCUACCAAAUGGCCAAAUUUAAUGCAAAUUCUCUGUCAAAUGGAAAACCAAGGAUUUUUUGAGACCAGAGACUUUUCAAAUUUUCGUCGCAUUUUCCUUGGAGGACUCAUUUCUAUCAUGGUAUUUGCAGUUACCAUUUUAGGUGCGACGGUAGUUCCAGUGUGGACACUCGACUGGCCCAUUUUCAGGAAAUGCCAAGCCUCGUUUCCCGCAUUCUGUUUAUUAUUCGUUUUUAGUGGUGGCGCUCUGUUUUCUAGUCUCGGAUGGAUGGUGUCUAACAUGCUGGACAUUCUAGCCCGGCAAGUUCAUCAAGCCAACAGGAAGAAUACAGAAAUAAACUGGACCAAAAGAAUUAAUACUUGGAGACGUCAGUAUUUCAUGAUUUCGCAGUUGGUCGAUGAAAUCAGUCGUUGCAACGGUCCUCUACUCUUGACGCUCAUUGCAACUGGCUUCGUCCAGAUGAUUGUUUUCUCUUACAACAUUAUGCAAAAUGUCAUCGACAAUUGCCACGUCUGUAUUGUGAACCAAUUUCUGCUCUUGGCCACUCAAUUUUCAUUUUUUCUCGUCCUCAUCUACGUGCCGCAUCGCAUACGGGAAUCGGCAAUCGCAUUUAGUAAGCAAUUGCAGUGCAUUGAACAAGGCCCCGAAAAUAACGAUAAGGUAGUAGUAAUCAUUUAA